UACAAAUAGCAGUCGUGCAUCCUCUAGCCCUUCUCACCAGUCACAAUUGCAGUCCUGCUCUCCUCUAAAAUCCACAUUCUUCUAUUCCAGCUUCAACAAGGAAGCCAUAGUAGGAGGUGGGAAAGGAGGGAUCUAGUAAUAUAAUGGUGGUUUUUGGGUUGUGUUCUAAGAUUGCUGUGGGUUUCGGGUUUCUUAACCAGUGUUUUGUUGAUGGUCAUGGUGUUUGCUUUGUCAGGUGGGAGGAAGCUCAGAAAACAUGGGCGCGAUGGAAGGGGACCAAAGGCAGAUGAUGGAGGAUGCGACGGUGGACAAGUUCUCGGAGGGGUUGCGCGUGCUCGCGGUCGACGACAACUGCGUCUGCCUCAAGGUACUAGAGGCUCUCAUGCGCCGCUGCAAAUACCACCCAACGGUAGCGAUGGAUGCCAAGACGGUGCUGAAGAUUCUGAGGGCGGGGAAAGUGCAGUUCGACCUGGUCAUCACCGAUGUGCGCAUGCCGGACAUGGACGGCUUCAAGCUCCUUGACCUUAUCGUCCUCGAGAUGGAUCUGCCCGUCAUCAUGCUAUCAGUGGAUUGUGACAAGAAGGUCGUGUUGAAGGCGAUAAAUCACGGGGCAUGCGACUAUUUGGUGAAGCCGGUGUGCACCAAUGAUCUCAAAAACAUAUGGCAACAUGUUGAAAGUAGGAGAAGAUCCCAAGCAAUAAGCCACAUGAGUAGGGACAAUGCUGACAAUCAGAGAGUACAUCCCGGUAAUCUUGGCAGUUGUAAGGACUCAAAGAAUAAGAGAAAUGAUGAGUAUGAUUCUAACAAGGACAAAGAGAGCACUCACUCAUCCACUACCCAAAAGAAGCCAAGGGUGGCAUGGACAACUGAGCUUCAUAACAAGUUUCUAGAAGCUAUCAACCAGAUCGGCCUCGAGGAGGCUUCUCCAAACAAGAUACUGGAGCUGACGAAUGUGGAUUACCUAACUAGAAAUAAUAUCGCGAGUCAUCUACAGAAUCAUAGGUUGUACUUGAAUAGAGGCAACCCAAAUUCAUCUGGUGAUGCGAGUGAAAGACAAAACUCAUCCAUGAACAAACAGAGGAAUUUUAUGCAUGAGCAUGAACAUGAAAGAUGGCAUGUAUCCUCUGGUGGCAACCCCUACUGGAAUCCGAACUAUUUUGGUGCAACUAGUCAACUAGGACAACUAACGAACAAGCAGAGCAACUUGUGCAUGGGAUCAUUGAUCGAUGGUGGUAGACUGUCGAGGUAUUUCCUUCCACACACACGAGAUUCAAGAAGAUUUGCUGAUUCCGAUGACCCUCCCAUCGGCGUAGACAAUGGAAUACUGGAUGGCAUAAUGUUAGAUGAAUUUUCCUCGUAUAACUCUGGUACGUCCUAUGUUGACUCCAUGUGUGGAAAGCUGAUGAAGACAAGUAAAGGAGAAAGCCCAUCCAAUCUUCGAAGUUACUUCACAAACACAUCAAAUGGUGGCGGGAUGUCAGCGCUAGCAAAUGAGUACCAGGUGGAACCUCUAAAGAGUAUUAACAAAUAUCAUACCCACAUGAAUGAACCUUCUACACAUGUGGUCCAUACAGUUGGCAAACCUUCCAAGUUUCCAGGUUUUGCUGGGACCUAUAACAACCCUCGAUGGUCCUCAAUGACUGCUAUUCACCAUAGGUCUGGAACAUCUCAUGUCCCACCACGUGUGAACAUACCAAGGAUCAACCAACUAACGAGCUACAAAACAUCAUCUAGCAAGAUGUUGCUACAAAAUAAAAUGCCAUCCUUCAUUGGCAAUACCACAUCAAUGGCAGGUUUAACUGAGCAGAUAGUUCCAUUCAACAUACCAACCAACUCACGCUCUGUAGGGAUGUUGAAUGGCCACAACAGUGCUCCAAUGGAACCAUCUCAGAUGGUUAAUGGAGGGAGCAUCAUUACAUUACCAAUAAUCUUGAAUGAUCAAAUAUCGCCAUUCAACAUAGCGAACAACACAACCUUGGUAGGGACGAUGAUGAAUGACAAUUCUGCACUUGGUACUGGAAGAACUUCAAUGACCGACAUUAAUACGGUUAAUUCUGGAAGAACUAUUUCUACACAUUCCAACCUUCAAACAGCUGGUUUCUCCGAAUUGACUCAGAUGCUUGAUGACGGGGAUGCAGAUGGCAUUCUCCCUGUGCAAGGAAGUAUGGUUAAUCAACAAGAUCAUAAUGAUCUACUUAAUGGCACUAGUGCCUUCUAAUCGGACUAUAUUGUCAACCUUCUAGAUGACGAUUUCAUUGGAGAACAUGACGUCAUUGAUGGAUAAUUAUAGUUAUACCGGUUAGCUCGACCUACACGCGAGAUGUUUUUGCAUGUGUGCUGGAGAUUAUUUUUAUUGACCGCUGAUUUAUUCUUGCACAAUGUACCAUGAAAUUAUUUGAAUUACUGUUAUCUAGUUAGAAGCACAGUCAUGUUGGAGCUUCUAUUUAUAUUUACUUUUAAAU